UCUGGACUUGGGUAUAAAAAUAAAUAAAACUAUUAAAUGCCGACCUGUGGGUUUUUUAAUAAUUUUAAUUUUUAGUACAGAUUCUAACGAAAUUUGUUAUCAUUAUCAAAUUUUUGUUACAAGUUUUAUCAGAAAAUUAAGCUAAGAUAGAAAUAGAGAUUGUUAGUUAAAGAAGAGAUUGCUAUGAACUUUGUAAAUUAAUUAAUUUAAUUAUUAAUUUCCAAAUUUAAAAAUUUUAAAUGUCUAAAGUUUAAUUAAUAAAAAUAUCAACAAUUAAUAUAAAAUUAAUUCUGGUUUAAACUUUGGAGGAAGAAUGGAUCCAGUGUAUGAGCAGAGGCUAUUACAGGUUCAAAAUGGACAACCCACAUUACAAAAAACUGCCAGCAAAAGACCCAUGAAAGAGUUCUGCAGUGAUCGGUUCAUUCCAAUCAGAAGUAAAACAGUAUGGAACAUUAACUUUGAUGCCAAACCUGAACCAAAAUCUCUAACACUAAGUCAGAACUUGUGCUCUGGAUCAUCGAUGAAGUUAUCUCCAGAGAGCAGUAAGGACAGUCUAGCAUAUGCUUGUCUACUUAAGAAUGAACUGUUGGGAGCGGGAAUUGAAGAUAUGAAGGAUCCACAAUCUGAUCAACAGAGGCAGGCUCUUGCUCCCAAAGAUGUCAAAAACCUUUUUCAGUAUCGCACGAUAUAUUAUGCACCAUCUAAUAAUGACAUGUCUCCAUAUUCACUAUCUCCCAUCGGCUGCAAGAGCCAGAGGUUGUUACGAUCUCCCAGAAAAGCAAUGAGAAAAAUAUCUAGAAUUCCAUUUAAAGUAUUAGAUGCACCCGAACUUCAGGAUGACUUCUACUUGAACCUCGUCGACUGGUCACUACAGAACACAUUAAGCGUAGGUCUCGGGUCCUGUGUCUACCUUUGGAGUGCCUGUACCAGCCAGGUUACGAGGUUGUGCGAUUUGUCAUCGGAAGCUGAUUCCGUAACCUCUGUGUCCUGGAGUGAAAAAUCGAGUAUGCUAGCGGUGGGCACGCACAGAGGACUGACGCAGAUCUGGGAUGUCUCCGUCAACAAGAAGGUCUCAACUUUGGUGGGGCACACUGCCAGAGUUGGUGCAUUGGCGUGGAAUGCAGAUUUGUUGGCUUCGGGCAGUAGAGACAGGCUGGUGUUGUUGCGAGACACGAGAACACCAUCAUCGAACGUAGACAGGAAACUUCCUAGUCAUAAACAAGAGGUGUGCGGCCUCAAGUGGUCACCAGAUUACCAGCAUCUAGCUUCGGGAGGCAACGACAACAAGUUGUACAUUUGGAACACGAGGAGCAGUGAACCAGUCCUCGCAUACUCAGACCACAUCGCUGCUGUCAAGGCUAUAGCGUGGUCACCUCAUCAACAUGGCUUGCUGGCUAGUGGUGGGGGAACUGCAGAUCGACGCAUCAGAUUCUGGAACACAAUCACUGGACGACCACUGCAAUGUGUUGAUACAGGAUCUCAAGUCUGCAAUCUGGCCUGGUCCAAACACUCCUCUGAAUUAGUCAGUACGCAUGGUUACUCGCAGAAUCAAAUAUUAGUUUGGAAAUAUCCAUCUCUGGCGCAGAUUGCAAAGCUUACAGGCCACACUUUGAGAGUCUUAUACUUGGCAAUGUCACCUGACGGAGAGUCCAUUGUAACAGGGGCUGGGGACGAAACACUUCGAUUCUGGAAUGUUUUCAAUAAGACAAGAUCUACAAAAGAAUCUAAUUCGGCAUUGAACUUAUUCACGAGGAUAAGAUGAUUAGUAAUCAAGGCGCUGUCCCUCCUCUUCUUAUUGUCCAUCACCACUCUUCAAUCAUCCGACUGCAAUGAUUUUUUAACUUUUUUUAUUCAUUAGAAAUCUGAAAUUUGGGAUUCAUAAAAUAAGAUUUUUUUGUUUUGUUUCUCUUUUUGAGUUUUUGUUUUAAAAUUUUUAACACUAUUUUAGAACAACUCUAUGUAUUUAUUUUUGAAAAUUAAUUUGAUUUUGUAAUUUUUCAACACGCUAACAAUAUUUAAACAUAUGAAAUCAGUUAAAUUCAGUAACAUGAUUAUACGUACUUCGGAUGGACCAUAGUUAACUUCUCAGUCACAAUGCCUGCACUUCUUUCUUAUUCUUUGAUACUAUUGAUUUACGUUUGAUAAAUUUUUUGAAGGAAACAUAAUUGUAAAUAACUUUUUAUUCCCACUUUUCAAUAAGAAGUUAAUAUGAUUUAUUUUAUGUUAAAUGUUUUUUUUUGCUCAAAAAUCAUUUGUAAUAAACAUUUCUUAAGCUUGGCGGUUUUUGAUUGAGAGACUAAUUUGAGAAACUGAGCACUUUGAUGUGUUUGUUACAUGUUAUUCUUACUAAAUUCAAUGAUUUGUACGUCUCAAAUUGCUUAAUUGAAUACAACUUGAUAGCAAUCUGUAUGCUAAAAAAAUUUCCCUGUCUCU